AUGCUGAAGAAGGCAACUUUUACAAUAUCGAACUUCAUUGCGGAAAACAAGUUUAAGCUGAGUGAUUUCACAGAGGCAGAGCGAAUUUACAUGGAGAAGCAUGGAAGGAAGACUAGAACUACAAGAAAGGAUUUGAAGAAGGGCGAUCUUGUGGUUGUGACAGAAGGAGAAUAUGCUGGUAAAAAAUGCGUAUUCCUCGAACAGACUGAGAACAAUUUGGCAGCUGUAACAGGAAUCAGCGCAAUAAAUGGCGUUGGUGCAUUUCUGAUCGAUGAGCUGUAUCUGUUCAAGUUGAGCAUACAGAUCAACGCAAGUGGAUUGCAGGUACCAAAAGGUUUGAUUGAGACAAAGAGAGAUGCAGAUGCUUUGGGUGUAUCAAAAAUUGAUACAAAAAUCGAACAGCACCUGGUGAAGGAAGUCGCUAAGGUGGAAUUCCUUAAGGGAUACAUCAGCACACCAUUCCAAAUCGACAGAAAUGUUGAGUUCUACUCUCAGAAGUAUUAA